UUUGUUGUGGUCAACUAUUCUUUUUUAACUAAAUUAUAUAUAUUUGUUAAACGUUUAUGUUCAUUCCUUGAGAUACUGGCGGGUCUGAACGAGAACAAAACAAGUUUCACAGGGAAGUGUUUCCUUGUUGCACCAAAAGACUUUCGUGUUGCUAUGGUUACAUCCACACAACCAGGACUAUUUGAUGGGGGUCCAUGACUAGUUAAAACACACGGUUGUAAAUAGGUCAUCUUGCCUCUGGACUUUUUUGUGUCUCGGCUAAAUUCAUUCAUUCAGUAUCCGUCGUUUCGUAUCGUGAUCGUCAUCAUGGAGGUUGGAGACAAACUGAGAGAACUAAACAUGACAGCGGAUGAAGUCGACCGACUGACUAAAGCGCUCAAAGACAAGAAAUUCGCGGAAAUGCUGCGCGAUUACGCCGAUGAAAUAUCGGACCCCGAGAAUAGGAAGAGGUACGAGGAGGAGAUCGAACUCCUGGAGCAGGAGAGAGGAAACAGCAUUCAGUUCAUCCACCCGGAACCGUUCCGCUGUCUCGGGACGAGUUUGAACGGCACGCGGAAGUGUUUCAUCAACAUCUGCUCCAACGGAAAAGUGGGAAAGCCUGCGUGUGAGGGCGGGACGUCGGAGGACGGCCGCGUGGGACAGCGCUGGUCCCUGCCCCACAGUCUGCAUCCGGGGAGACAAGACAGAGACACCCAAGGCGACACGAUCAUGAUCUAUGAUGUCAUUUUCCACCCUGACACCAUCCACUUGGCGAGCAAGAACAAGACCUUCAUGGAAAUGGUGGACAGCGCGGCCAUUCGGGGGAUCCAGGACGCUUUCAAAGUGACUCUGGACGAAAACAACGUGAGUGAGACGAGUGUCAAAUACAAGGGGGCCCCUCGGCCCUGUGUCAUCCGAAAACCCAUUCCUGGAUACAAACCCAAGGAGCCCUCGGAGGAGGCGGACCCCCUCGCGUUCCCAUACCCGGAUGAAAAAAUAUCUCAAAUGAAGCCCAAAGAAUCACAUGCAACCAAAACCAGCAGCGACGCCCAACCCAAAAGCUGCAGCAACGACAAGCAGCCUACCAGGCCAAACUACACGGUCAAAUAUCGAUCUUUUUUGGAUCUGCAGGACUUCAGAUACUCCAGAGACUCUGCCCAAAGCCCCAGGCCCCAAGAGAUAGUGGUAAAGGUCGACCUGCCUCUUCUGAAGGAGGUGUCGGAGGCCAGCCUCGAGGUGAAAGAGAGGCAGCUGCUGCUGGUGUCCAAGAAACCAUCCUACAGACUGGAGCUGCCCCUCUCCUACCCUGUGGACCAAGAUAAAGGAGAGGCCAAGUUCAACAAACCGAGAAGACAGCUUACCGUCACGCUGACGGUUCUCCCUUCCGAUGAAGCUUUUGAUCCGGCCGCGGCGUUCGCGCUUACUAGCGCCGGUGACGAUGACGGUCGGGAAGAGAAAAGAGAGGUGGACGAAGAGGAGAAGCGGAAGGUGGAGGAGGAGAAUAGAGCUGGUGGUGGGGGUUUCGGGCAGCAGACAGGCGAAGUUGAAAAAGAGGGUGAAAGGGGUCAUGAGAGAGGAGAGGAGCAGGUGAUGGAAGAAGAGGAAGGUGUAGCAGGUGAGGAAGAAAAACAGGAGGGAAAGAGUGAAGGAGAAAAUGGUGACCAAAAAGAGAAAAAUGGCUUAGGCCAAGAAGCUGUGGAGGAGAUAUUGAAAGAGCAGAAAGAGGAAAAUGAGACGGUUAACUCUAACCUACACAAAAGGCAGCAACUUGAAGAUACCGAGGACUCUGGUCUAAGUUCUCAGCAGGACACUGUUGAUGUUUCUGCUGAAGAACAAAACUCUGCGCCUGAUCAUAACAAGCUUGUGGCCGCACACGGAACAGAGGACCAGCUUGUUUUGAUCACUGCUGAACAUUCAAGCCAAGUAGAAAAAGAGGGAGAAGUCAGUCCGACCUCUCGCUCGGAGUCACCACCCAAGAGGAGGUCUUCAGACAUCAAAAAGGAGGUGGCGACAGAGGCUGCAUUUUUAAACCACAGCGCAAGUGAGGAACCCCAAACUGAACCUCAAAGCCGGAACAACACCAAGGACGGCUGCAAGCCGCCCAACGGGGACACGGAGGAACCGGCCACGGGCUCAGUAGGGCACGAGGAGGAGAAGAACGCAGACCGCCAUGACCUGCCAGCGGCGAGAAUCCUCCACAAAGCGGAGCGCGGCAACCAGCCGCCACCCGGGUCAUUGAGGGAAAUAGAUGACGAUGGAAACGAAAAGAUUAUCAGCGACCACUCCACGUCUGCCGGGUUCAUCUUCCAGAACUCCCUGAUGUAUGAGCUGGACUGAGGGUUCAGAGGAGGUUGUGAUGUUUGGUUUUCUCGUAAUGCAGCAGGUUGUGAAUGCUGAAGUUAUAUCGUUUGAUAAGAUAUUAAAUGUUCAUAUUCCUCUUUAUUCCCUCAAUACAAAUAUGUAUGAUUUAAAAUCAUUCAAAUGUCUCAGAAUAAACUACUUUGUACAACAGUG